AUGACAGAAGAUUGUAUGGCAACAAAAGCAAAUAUAAAUGAUUUAAAAUGUUACAUAUGUGGAGAAAUUUACACAAAUCCAAUUCUUGUUUGUUCAUGUGGUCAUUCAUUUGAUCAUCACUGUAUUCUUCGAUAUAAUCGUUGUCCGAUUGUUUAUUGCAAUACUCCUAUAUCUCAAAAUUGCUUAUUAGAAAAUAAGCAGAUUAAACAACUUGUUGAUGUUUACAAUCAAUCAAUGAAAAAUACUUUUGAUAUAUUCUUAUUAGAUCGAAGUAAAUCCAUGUGGUAUUCGGACUCUUUGACUGGUCUAUUUGGUAUAAGUCGAUUUCAACUAGCUAUUCAAUGUUUAAAAGAAACUUUUCAACAAAGAUCGAAUUCAACUAAAAAUCAAAUCUCAUUAAUUACAUAUGAUCAUUGUCCUGAAGAACAAUUUCCAUUUGAAACUACUCGUCAAUAUCAUUUAGAUAUUCUUGAAAAACUUCAACCAAAUAGUUCAAAUGCAUGUUUAUUUGAUGCUAUGAAAUUUUCUUUAGAAAAAUUUGAAAAAUUAAAUCAAAUUCUUAAUCGUUCGACAACACAAUCUAUUUAUAUUCUUACUGAUGGUAGUGAUAAUUUUAGCUCAAGUGGAAAUCAAACACAUUAUAUAAAAUAUAUAAAAGAACGUAGUAAAAAAUUAAAUAUUCGUGGAAAUAUAAUUCAAGUUGGUGUUAAAAAUUUACUUCAGACAAAAAAUUUUUGUGAAGAUAUUAAUUAUCAGUUUCAUCAUGUAAAUAGUGGUAACACACAAGAAUUUGUUCGUUCAUUUUUAUUAUCGUUAAAUCCUUAUUAA